UCCUGGAAGUUGUGCGGGUGUGAGCCGGACACCAGUGCCACCCCUAACGUUGUUGCUGCCGGCCGGGCUUGGCGGGAGAGCUGGUGGGCGGGAGGGGCCACUGGGGCCGGCAGUGGUCGGGAGAGAAAGGGGAGGAAGGGAAGGGGAAACGACCUGGGGAAGACGGAGCGCGCUCUGCGCCGGGCGGGCGGGCGGCGGCGGGGGGGCCAGCGGCCGCAGGCGCCGGGAGGACGUGAGGCGAUGGAACAAGUGGAGAUCCUGAGGAAAUUCAUCCAGAGGGUCCAGGCCAUGGAGAUUCUGGACCACAAAGGGGAAGACUACUUCACCCGGGACUUCUCGAGACUAAGACGAUUAUCUACCAAAUAUAAAACAGAAAAAAUUUAUCCAACAGCCACUGGCGAAAAAGAAGAAAAUGUUAAAAAGAACAGAUACAAAGACAUAUUACCAUUUGAUCACAGCCGAGUUAAACUGACUUUAAAGACUCCUUCCCAAGAUUCAGACUACAUCAAUGCGAAUUUUAUUAAGGGAGUCUAUGGGCCAAAAGCAUAUGUUGCAACCCAAGGACCAUUAGCAAAUACAGUUAUAGAUUUUUGGAGGAUGAUAUGGGAAUACAAUGUUGUAAUCAUUGUAAUGGCAUGUCAAGAAUUUGAAAUGGGAAGGAAAAAAUGUGAACGAUACUGGCCUUUGUAUGGGGACGAUUCUCUAACAUUUUCACCAUUUCAAAUUACUUGUGAAGCCGAACAAACUAGGACAGACUACUAUAUUAGAACAUUGUUACUUGAAUUUCAAAAUGAAUCUCGUAGACUAUAUCAAUUUCAUUAUGUGAACUGGCCAGACCAUGACGUUCCUUCAUCAUUUGAUUCUAUUCUGGACAUGAUCAGCCUUAUGAGGGAAUAUCAAGAACAUGAGGAUGUGCCUAUUUGUAUACACUGCAGUGCAGGUUGUGGAAGAACAGGAGCCAUUUGUGCCAUAGAUUAUACAUGGAAUUUGCUAAAAGCUGGGAAAAUACCUGAAGAGUUUAAUGUAUUCAAUUUAAUACAAGAAAUGAGAACACAAAGGCAUUGUGCAGUACAAACAAAGGAACAGUAUGAACUUGUUCAUCGAGCUAUAGCCCAGCUGUUUGAAAAACAACUUCAAAAAUAUGAAAAAUAUUCAGACUGGAAAAUUUCUGAUGUAGUGGAUGAAAUUAGUACUGAAAAGAUUGUUAGCUCUCUGGACCUUGAAAAAACAGAUUCUCCCCCUCCGAAGCCUCCACGUACACACAGUUGCCUUGUUGAAAGGGAUGCUAAAGAAGAAAUAUUACAGCCUCCAGAACCUCAACCUGUACCACCCAUCUUGACACCUUCUCCUCCUUCAGCCUAUCCAACAGUUACUACAGUAUGGCAAGACAAUGACAGAUAUCAUCCAAAGCCUGUAUUGCACAUAGUUUCAUCAGAUCAGCAGUCAACAGACCUCAAUAAAAAUUAUAAUAAGCCAUCAGGACUUCCAGGGAAGAGUGAAUCAAUAGUUGAACACAUGGAGAAGAAACUGGAGCGAAACUUAAGUUUUGAAAUUAAAAAGGUUCCCCUACAAGAGGGACCAAAAAGUUUUGAUGGAAAUACACUCUUGAAUAGAGCACAUGCGAUUAAGAUUAAAUCUGUUCUACCCUAUGCCACCGAGAAACUCUUGAAGUCACAGGAUCUAAGUUCAGGGGAUUUAAUUGAAGAUAUUUCUCAAAACACUUGUGUGGACUGUGGUCUAUCACCAUCUGGCAAAGUUUCAGUAACUACACAAGAAGGAAUGCAGAAAAGUUCUGAUACACCCCCAAGACCAGAUUGUUUGCCUCUCAAAGAGAAAGGACAUGUUAUAUGGCCAUUACAUGGUCCUGAAAAUGCACUGCCUGUUCCUGAUGAGUCUGAGUGCAAAGACUCGGCUAACCAAUGUCAGGCUACUAAAACUAUUUUGCUAACACCAAGCCCCACGUUACAAGUAGAACCUAGCAGUCUUGUGGAUCAUGAUAGUAAUACACUUUUAGUUAGAGCACCCCUCAGUUUUACCAACCCUCUUCACUCUGAUGAUUCUGACAGUGAUGAAGGGAACUGUGAUGGAGCUAUUCCCAAGAAUGUGACUAAUAUUUCAACAGCAAGUGCUACAGUUUCUGCUGCCACUAGCACUGAAAUCAUUUCUACUAGAAAAGUAUUACCAAUGUCCAUUGCUAGACAUGAUGUACCAGUUACAGUAUGUUCAGGGGCUGAAAAAGAUGAUGUUAGUGAAGAUUCGCCUCCCCCACUACCUGAAAGAACUCCAGAAUCUUUUGUAUUAGCAAGUGAUCAUAACACACCUGUAAGAUCUGCUGAGUGGAAUGAACUUCACACCCAAGAGCAAUCUGAACAAAAGAACUCUGAAGUCUUGAUAUCUACUGAGAAUAAAACACUUGAUCAUCCUGUAGAGAGUGAUCAGAUGGAGUCUAAUAGAGAUUGUCUACUCUCUACUUUAAGUAACAAAGAUGAUCAUAUUUCAGAAAGUCCAACAGAAGCCACAGAUAUUGGAUUUGGUAAUCGUUGUGGAAAACCCAAAGGACCAAGAGAUCCACCAUCAGAAUGGACAUGAUGCAAGGGGACUAAGGACACAUGAAAUUAUACUGGAAAAUUCAAGUGCCACUGAAAACCCGAUUUCACUUCCCCCCAAAAAAAUAAAGAAAAGAUUGGGUUAUUGUGGGUGAGGGGUGGUUGCUAAUUAGAGCAGUGUAGAUUGUUACCUACAAAGGAUUCACUUUUUAAAAUAAUUACAUUCAUUAAAAAUUUAGAAGUUCACAACAGUGGAUUCCAGUAUUACAUUCUAAUGUUUUUUUUUUGUUUUUUUUUGGCUGGGACCAUCUACUCUGCCUUAUUGUACACUUAGGAAAAAGUAUUACAUAUGGUUUAUUUUGUAACUUCCAAGUAUUAUUGCCUUAAUGUCUCUUAACCCUGUUACACGCUGCUUGUAGACAUAUGUUAAUACAGUAAUACUUUUAUGACAAAUUGAGUUUAUGGACUACUCUUUUGCUAAUGUUUUAUCAUGUAUGCAUUAUUUUGUAUAUGUACAGGGCAAGUAGGUAUAUAAUUUGAUAAAGUUACAAUCAUAAGAUAUUAACAGAAGAUGUAAGGAAUCUCUGCAUGAUCUAAAUCUUUGUCUACUUUAUUUGUAAAUUAUUUGCCCUGAUGUUUUAGAAAAUAGUUUCUGAUUUUUUAAAUUGCUGGACAUAUGCUACCAGCAUUACAGGUUAGCAGAGAUAAAAGAUUGUAAUAAUACAUUUUGUAAAUUGUAAGCAAAAGGUUAUUUUUAUAUUAUAUACUGUUUAAUUGUCAACCCUAAUUUGUCCUGGUUUUCAUCUAGUUACAGAGAUUCAGUAAGUGCCUUGGAACAGUAUUGAAUUCUCUUAGCUCAUGUGUGUUACUUUAAUAUUUGCAUUCAACUGGGUUUAGAAGACUAUCAAAAUGUCUAUGUUUUAGAAUAUUUCACUUGCCAGUAAAAAAAACAAGCAAUUCCACAAAUUCUGUCUCUCUUGGUUAUCAUUUUAGCUUUUUUAGGAACUUGUACUGUUUAUAGGAAUUUUAUUUGUUUCUUUUUCUUUCUUUCUUUCUUUCUGGAUUGCAGACCUGUUUUCAGUAUAUUCUCCCCAUCUAGCUUUCACAUCACAGGAGCCGAUUGAAAUAUCUCCAAAGUUGGGACAGAAACUAGGAUCAGGUUUGACUAUUUUUAAGAGAUUUCUCUUCUCUUGCUUUAUAGUAAUAGGCUUAUCAAACAGAUGGGAGGGAUAUAAAAUGUACAGCAGAGCAGAAGCUUUAAAGAAAGAAAGUAGGUUCACGGUGAAAGGAAAAAGCUGAUGACUUUUCUGUGGUAGAAAAAAUUUUAAAUCGGUUAUGCUUUUGUAUUUAUCCUCUACUCCAUUUUUUUUGUGGUGGUUAAUUGUUUUACUCGGGGAGUUUUGUAUUCAGUGAAUCAGCAAACAUUUAUUCAGUUCCCUCCUAUGUGCCAGUCAGUAUGCUAGUUGUUGGAGAUACUAAGACAAAAGUGAAACAACCUCUGCUCUCGAGCUUAUAUGUUAGGGAUGGUAUGAAUAAAUAGGAGGUAGUUAGGAAGGGAGGGCACUAGUAUUUGUGGGAAUUCAGUAAAGGCUUCAUGCACCAAUUUAUGCUUGAAUUCAGUCUUGAAGAUGGCAAAGGAGCAGAGAAAGUGCUUUACUGUCAUGGUCAGUCAAUAUACAGACAUGGAGAUUUGGGAGAUGAAGUUCUUCAAGGGAUGAACAGAGAAUGCCAGUUUGGCUGGACCACAAAGUUCAUAAUAGGCUGGAAAAGUGUUUCUAAGAUUUCAGACUCUGAGCAGAAGUUGUAUACCAGCAAGACAAAGAACUUAUAUUCUAAUGAAGGAAGACCUGGAGGUAGAGAGAUAGGUACAAGCCUUAGCAUACUGAGAACCUUUUGGGACAGUCAUGGUUGGGUUUUUUUUUAUUGUUGUUUUGUUGUUUUUUUUUUUUAAACCCUUAACUUCUGUGUAUUGGU